UUCAAAGACAAAGAGAAUUACCUUCUAGGGCAAAUGUCUUUCUCCAGAAUCCCCAACUUUUUUUUAGCCAUUGUACAAAUUGGGAAAAUGUACACUUUCUGGGUAGAUUCUGCAUAGUGGAGAAAAGGCUUGAGAGGCAUAAACCUGGGCUUUACAAUCACUACCCCUUAAUCCAUCAUCCUUAUUGAUGCAUGUCCCUGGUAACCCAAUCAAAAACCUGGUUCCUCCCACUGUCAUUUCUGCUGCAUUACAGACACAGACCUGCAAACAGCUAUGGUUGUGACUGAGUUUCUUCCCUGACCCCUGAGCCUUUCUCAUGCUACAAGGAAAGCUCUCUGGGAGGAGCAUGAAAUCUGCAAUAAAGCCAGAGGGCAGGGAUGAAAGGGAUCAUUUAAAUGCUGCAACUCAAGAGAUUUACACAGAAGACAGGACAGAAUUCUGAAGAGUCACUCAGAGGAAGAGAACAAUGCCACCACUACCCGUGCCAUACAUACAGCCUUUGUCCUUGUAUUUUGGUUCCUGCGUGAUAAUCAGAGGGAGACCGAACCUCUCUUUUGUCAAUGACCCACAGCUGCAGGUGGAUUUCUGCACUGACACGGAUGGAGACUCAGGAAUAGCCUUCCAUUUCCGAGUGUACUUCGGCCAUUGUGUGGUCAUGAACAGUCGUGAGUGUGAAGUGUGGAAGUGGGAAGAGAAAUCUGACCAUGUGCCUUUUCAGGAUGGCAUGCCAUUUGAGGUGCACAUCUACGUGCGUCACGAUGAGUACCAGGUAACAAUAAAUGGCGAACGCGUUUAUGGCUUUGGCCACCGACUCCCGCCAUCAUCUGUGAAGAUGAUGCGAGUGUGGAGAGAUGUCUCCUUGUCUUCAGUGAGUGUCUACUAUUGAAGGAGAUGAUCACACUCCUCAUUGUUGAGGAAUCCUUCUUUCUACCUAACCAUGGAAUUCCCAGAGCCUGCUAACAGAAUAAUCUCUCAUCACCCCUUCCUCUACACUUGGUCAUUAAAACUGCGCCAAACCUC